AUGCAGGCGUCCCCCGCAGUCAUCUGGGCCAUCUGUGUCGCCUGCAUUCAGCACCUGGUGUGCCCACACAUCCUCCUCCUCAGGGCAGGUGGGGACAGACCACGCCCUGCGCCUGGAGUUUCGACAGCCAAGGUGGAGUGCUUCUCAGACUACAUGACCCUGCCGAUCCCCAGGAGCCACGUGGAAGGUUUGAGGCGGUGGCUGGGCAGAACCUUGCAGCUGCCAGGCACCUGGAGGGUCCCCAGUCACCUGAAUCCUCUUCUUGCCCAAUGUGGCUACUUCUUGCAUCCCACGCCGGCCGGUGACUUCAUUUUCCGAGCUCGAUACUCGGCCUGCUUCAUGCGGAAAGAGAAAGAAAAUUACAGGUUGGAAAUCAGAAUACUUCGCAGAGGGGUGAAGGGGCUGCAGCGGAGCGAAGGCCACAUAAUGAAGUGUCCAGCGACCGUGCCCAGGCUGGGCCGACAGCGCGUGCAGUGUGGCCCCACAUCCAUCCGGGUCUCCCGGCCUCUGCCCCCGAUGUGCGACGGUACACAGACUCCCUGGCUGCUGUCCCUUCAAGGGGAGCUGGUGGCCUCUCUGGAGGAUGCCAGUCUGAUGGGGUUGUAUGUGGACAUCAGUGCCACCAUGGUCACCAUCCAAAGCCCAAGACAAGACCUUCUUCAGGGACAGCAGGUGCUGAACAACUCUGUGCAGCUCCUGCCGCUCUGGCUGGUGAGCAGUCACUGUGCCUAUUCCCUAGAGGCUGUGUGCCCACCGGUGUCAUCCCAGCCAGGCUCGGAGGUCUUAGUCCACAUCCCAAGGAAGAGCCUGGGCCUGGUCAAAAGAGGUUUCCACUUUGAGGAAGCCCUGAGCCUCAAAUCCCUCCGAGUUCACCAGGUUGGCACCUUCGCAGUGACGGAGAGCAGGGAUUUCUUGGUGGUCCGCAUACCGGGGGCCGCACUGCUCCAGGUCCAGCCGUGCCAAGAGCCGGGAGGAGCCCCGGGAAAGCAGGCUUUCUACAGCGUGGACCUGAGCCUGGAGUUUGCUGAGUCUGCUACCGCAGUGCUCUGGACGGUGGAGAACUACUUCCGGUGCGUGGGUUCCGGAACAGAGUCAGCUGCCUCAACAGCCUCUCCGAGGACCACUCCCUUCCGGGCGCCCCUAGACCUGGGGACUCCUCCAGCUGGGUCACCAUCCUCUGCCUCUUCACAGUCCCCGGACGCAGACCCGGCCACCGGGGCCCAGCCGGAGCCCAGGCCGGUCCUGCACACGGCCAAGCCUGCAGGAGGAAGCUGGGUGUCUGCUGCUGGCCUUCCCACCAGAGCCUCUCAGGAUGGAUGUUGCCCCCAGGCUCCCCCGGGGGAAACGGGGCCACCUCGCACACUGUCCUCAGGGCUGCCGGGAGCUGCCCAGGCUGGCCCAGAGCCUUCACAGCCCGUCUCGCCAGCUUCCACUGCCCCAGCCACACAUCCCUUCUUGGAGGCCGCCUCUCCUCUGGCACCCUUCUGGAAGUCUGACCCAUCCGAAGUGUCCCUGGGCUCAGAAUCACUUGUCACACUAACUGAAGGUCCCCAGCAGGACCCUGUCCACUCUCCAGGAAGUCCUCCCCUCCCAGCAGGGGUGGAUGUGGCUGUCAUCGAGCCCACACAGGCCGGCAAGGAGUUCCAGCCAUUGACGAGGCCCUGGGUGACCAGGCUGACUGAUGAGGCAUUGGGGUCCCAUCACCCUCAUAGAACACCCCAGGAGACAUCUUCCAUGAGAGAGUCCGAGGGGCCACCCGAGAGUGACCGUGACUUGUCUGGAGGGGUGUCCAGACUGGAAGGGUCAUCCUCCAAAUUGAGUCAGGGGGUGGCGGGGCCGAGACCCACCAUCUUGCCAGGGACAGAUGCCGUAGUGACCACUGAAGGGAAGUGGCAGCCAGACACCAGCAGCCGCCUGGGGACCUCAGGCCCUGAGCAGCCUGGGGGGCCCAGGGUGGGCCCUUCAGCCGCCCUGACAGGUCUUCCAGAGAAUUCCAUGGCCUCCACCUCCAAGAGACCUGAAACCCAGUCUGUGGGAGCCUCAGACAGUGCCCCAGAUCUAGGGUCAGCUCCUGAGGGGACUGUGGGCUGGCACGGCUGGGGGACACCCACACCUGGCCCUCUACCCCUGAGGAGCCUGAGCCCGGCCAAGCUUAGAAACCCCUUCCCAACUGGUCACAGGGCCUUGCCACCACAGGACCCCCCAGAGGCCAUGUUGGCCGCCAGCCCUGAGAAUCCCGGGACUCCUGAGCUUCCGCCCUCUGUGGAGGGGGCUCUCUGAGAGGCCUCUGUGCUGUCCUCUGUGGAGACACCGGGGUGAGCCCUGGGAGUGCCCAGGGAGGAGCAGUGCUGUGGGGUGGGCUGCAGAGGGAGAGGACGGGAUCUGAGGUCUUCAGUGCGGAGCCCUGACCCAGCGCAGGCUCAGGACCAUGCUGGGGUUACUGCUGCCACUCGGUGAUGCAGUCACAGCCACUGCAGAGCUAGAGGGGGGCAUCGGCCAUCUCCAGGAUGGGGUUCAGCAGGGCGGGGGCAACUCCCUAGUGUGUGGUCUACUCCCUGGCACUUCAGGGGGCCCAGAUCCCAGGUCUCUAGCCGACCCCGGGGGGAGGGGGAGAGACUGGGGUGUGUGCAGAUCACCACUCCCUUUCCUGACCCACACUUCCCCCUGUUUCCACGGCAGCAGCUGGUACCCUGAUGGCUUGGACAGCACUGUGACAUCCUCCGGUGAACCAGUGCUCACAAGCCCCCAGCCCAGAAGCCCAGCUGUGGCUGGGUCACCCAGCUCGCUGGGAGCUUCCCUGAAGGGGCGGCACCCCCCCGCCCGCUCCGGCUCAGCCAAGGCUGUGAGUGGGAUUUGAAACACAGCCAAGGAGAGAGAGCGGAGGCCGUGGGCAACGCCCGCUGGACGGGGCUAAAUAAAUAAAUAAAUAAUCAGG